CGCAGAGAAGUUCGUCACCGUUGGACCCGCUGAAAGCUUUCGAGGUUCCGAUCGGUUCCAUUUUUGUUUUGGUUCAUAUCCUUCCUCCGAGCGUCGGCCUUUCUACACCAGCAUUUUCGCUACGCAAAACACCACCAGCGGAGGAUAUUAUUGUCCAUCUUUCAGGCCCGAACACCGGAAACGCGGCUCGCGUGAAGCGAAAGUUGAGACUCGCGAUGAGCGUGGAGGCGUACGGGCCGAGCUCCCAGACCCUCACCUUCCUGGACACCGAGGAAACGGAGCUGCUCGGCGCGGACACCCAGGGCUCCGAGUACGACUUCACCGACUUCACCCUCCCCAGCCAGACGCAGACCCAAGGCCAGACCCAGAGCCAGCUGGACAGCCAGGUGAACGGUCCUGAUGAGGGUCUUCUCAACGGGGGGGUCGAGGACUCCGUGGCCAAAGCCAGCCAGCUGCUGGCCGAGCUCAACUUCGAGGAGGACGAAGAAGACACGUACUACACCAAAGACCUGCCGCUGCACGCGUGCAGCUACUGCGGUAUUCACGAUCCGGCAUGUGUGGUGUACUGCAACACCAGCAAGAAGUGGUUCUGUAACGGACGUGGCAACACAUCUGGCAGCCACAUUGUGAACCACCUGGUGAGGGCGAAAUGCAAAGAGGUGACGCUGCACAAAGACGGGCCGCUGGGCGAGACGGUGCUGGAGUGUUACAACUGCGGCUGCCGCAACGUCUUCCUCCUGGGCUUCAUCCCGGCCAAGGCCGAUUCUGUGGUGGUUCUGCUCUGCAGGCAGCCCUGCGCCAGCCAGAGCAGCCUGAAGGACAUCAACUGGGACAGCUCUCAGUGGCAGCCGCUGAUCCAGGACCGCUGCUUUCUGUCCUGGCUGGUGAAGAUCCCGUCUGAGCAGGAGCAGCUGCGGGCCCGUCAGAUCACCGCCCAGCAGAUCAACAAGCUGGAGGAGCUCUGGAAGGACAACCCCACCGCCACCCUGGAAGACCUGGAGAAACCUGGAGUGGACGAGGAGCCGCAGCACGUGCUGCUGCGCUACGAGGACGCCUACCAGUACCAGAACAUCUUCGGCCCGCUGGUCAAACUGGAGGCCGACUACGACAAGAAGCUCAAGGAGUCCCAGACUCAAGACAAUAUAACAGUCAGGUGGGACCUGGGGCUGAAUAAAAAGCGGAUUGCCUAUUUCACUCUGCCCAAGACGGACUCAGGUGAUAUGCGGCUGAUGCAAGGGGAUGAGAUCUGCUUGCGCUACAAGGGAGACCUCGCCCCGCUGUGGAAAGGCAUCGGACACGUCAUCAAAGUCCCCGACAGUAUCCUUUACACUCCUGUCUUUAAAGACUAUGGGGACGAAAUUGCCAUCGAGCUGCGCAGCAGCGUCGGAGCGCCCGUGGAAAUCCCCCACAACUUCCAGGUUGACUUUGUGUGGAAGUCCACGUCCUUCGACAGGAUGCAGAGCGCCCUGAAGACCUUCGCGGUGGACGAGACCUCCGUGUCCGGCUACAUUUACCACAAGCUGCUGGGCCACGAGGUCGAGGACGUCACCAUCAAGUGCCAGCUGCCCAAGCGCUUCACCGCCCAGGGCCUGCCCGACCUCAACCACUCACAGGUGUACGCGGUGAAGACGGUGCUCCAGAGGCCCCUGAGCCUGAUCCAAGGCCCCCCCGGCACCGGGAAGACCGUCACCUCGGCCACCAUCGUCUACCACCUGUCCCGUCAAGGCAACGGGCCGGUGCUGGUGUGCGCUCCCAGUAACAUCGCCGUGGACCAGCUGACGGAGAAGAUCGACAAGACCGGACUGAAGGUCGUCCGGCUGUGCGCGAAGAGCCGGGAGGCCAUCGAGUCGCCGGUUUCCUUCCUGGCGCUGCACAACCAGAUCAGCAACAUGGACAGCAUGCCGGAGCUUCAGAAACUGCAGCAGCUGAAGGACGAGACCGGCGAGCUGUCGUCCGCCGACGAGAAGCGCUACCGGGCUCUGAAGCGCACGGCGGAGAGGGAGCUGCUCAUGAAUGCCGACGUCAUCUGCUGCACCUGCGUCGGCGCCGGAGAUCCUCGUCUGGCCAAGAUGCAGUUCCGCUCCAUCCUGAUCGACGAGAGCACCCAGGCCACGGAGCCCGAGUGCAUGGUGCCCGUGGUGCUCGGGGCCAAGCAGCUCAUUCUGGUGGGUGACCACUGCCAGCUGGGCCCCGUGGUGAUGUGUAAGAAGGCGGCCAAGGCCGGUCUGUCCCAGUCCCUGUUUGAGCGCCUGGUGGUUCUGGGGAUCCGGCCGAUCCGCCUGCAGGUCCAGUACCGCAUGCACCCGGCUCUCAGCGCCUUCCCCUCCAACAUCUUCUACGAGGGCUCCCUGCAGAACGGCGUCACUGCAGCUGACCGCAUCAAGAAGGGCUUUGACUUCCAGUGGCCGCAGCCAGACAAGCCCAUGUUCUUCUACGUGACCCAGGGUCAAGAGGAGAUCGCCAGCUCUGGAACCUCCUACCUCAACAGGACGGAGGCCGCGAACGUGGAGAAGAUCACCACCAGGCUGCUGAAGGCCGGAGCCAAGCCGGACCAGAUCGGCAUCAUCACGCCGUACGAGGGCCAGCGCUCCUACCUGGUCCAGUACAUGCAGUUCAGCGGCUCCCUGCACACCAAACUCUACCAGCAAGUGGAGAUUGCCAGCGUGGACGCCUUCCAGGGCCGAGAGAAGGACUUCAUCAUCCUGUCCUGCGUCCGCGCCAACGAGCACCAGGGCAUCGGCUUCCUGAACGACCCGCGCCGCCUCAACGUGGCGCUGACCAGAGCCAAGUACGGCGUGAUCAUCGUGGGGAACCCCAAGGCGCUGUCCAAGCAGCCGCUGUGGAACAACCUGCUGAACAACUACAAGGAGCAGAAGGUGCUGGUGGAGGGGCCCCUGAACAACCUGCGGGAGAGCCUGAUGCAGUUCAGCAAGCCGCGCAAGCUGGUCAACACCAUCAACCCCGGCGGCCGCUUCAUGAGCACCGCGAUGUACGACGCCCGCGAGGCGCUCAUCCCCGGCUCCGCUUACGACCGCAGCAACGCCGCCGGACGCCCGUCCAACAUGUACUUCCAGACUCACGACCAGAUCGGGAUGAUCGGCGCCGGCCUCAGUCACAUGUCCGCCAUGAACAUCCCCAUUCCCUUCAACCUGGUGAUGCCCCCAAUGCCUCCGCCCAGCUACCUGGGUCAGACCAACGUCCCUGCUGCAGGUCGUGGAGCCAUGAAGGGUAAGCCGGGCCGCGGCGGGCGGCAGCGGGUCCGCGGAUCGGCCCACCAGGGCGCCAGUCAAGGGAACGGACCGAACAGCCAGGCCAGCCAGGACGGGGCCUCCCAGCCGUUCUCCCAGGGGCCGCUGACCCAGGGCUACAUCUCCAUGAGCCAGCCCUCCCAGAUGAGCCAGCCUGGCCUCUCCCAGCCGGAGCUGUCCCAGGACAGUUACCUGGGCGACGAGUUCAAGUCCCAGAUCGACGUGGCUCUGUCCCAGGACUCGACUUACCAGGGCGAACGAGCGUACCAGCAUGGCGGGGUGACUGGACUGUCACAGUACUAAAGUGUCACUUGAAGAAGGGAGCUAGGCUUGAACUGAGCUUAGUUCAUCAGCUUUUUAAUCUGGGAAAUAAUAAAAACAUAAAAUGGA